AUGUGGCUCAUCAACACACGUACGCUCAAACUUGAGGAGUUCUUUGACGCGGCUGUUCCCGACUACGCCAUUCUAUCGCAUACUUGGGGACACGACGAGGUCUCCUUCCAAGAGUUUAAGAGCCUCGACAUCACAAGCGGAGACCCGGAAGAUCUUAUAAUUAAAGACAGAGCUGGGUACCCAAAGAUCAUAAAGGCAUGCGGGAAAGCCCUGGAGUACCGUCUUCGAUAUGUUUGGGUCGAUACCUGCUGUAUCGACAAAACAAGUAGUGCGGAACUGUCGGAGUCAAUCAACUCCAUGUUCAAAUGGUACGAAAAUGCACAAAUCUGCUUCGCAUACCUAUCCGAUGUACCGGCAACCCAAGACGCGACGGACCCGGCGUUCGUGAACUCUCGCUGGUUCACAAGGGGAUGGACUCUACAAGAGUUACUCGCACCUCGAGAGCUGCUUUUCUUUGCGUCAGACUGGACGCUGAUCGCGAGCCGCGAGGACACGGCGGCCUCAGUGAGCAAUAUUACAGGCAUCGACCAGACGUACCUGGAAUCUUCGAUAUCAGAGCAAAACACCCGCCUGAGGUUGUUGACAGAGGCCAGCAUUGCAGAGAGGAUGAGCUGGGCAGCUCGGCGGACAACUACCCGCGUUGAAGAUAUUGCAUACUGCCUGCUGGGUAUCUUCGGGGUGAAUAUGCCUCUCAUGUACGGAGAGGGUCGGAAAGCCUUCUUCAGGCUUCAAGAGCAGAUCCUGCAGACGUGCUUCGACUCGACACUCCUCGCUUGGAACCCGACAGAUGAGCACGGACGGCCCCUGGCCUUUGAUGAACUUGAACCGAGUUCUUCUUGGGCCUCCGCAGUGAAGAUGGUUAUGGGGAUGGGGCAUCCUUGGUCUGCUCCCGAGCAACCCCACUCCAACGCAUUGCCCAUGGGUCUUUUGGCUCCGAGCCCCGGGUGUUUCCUGCUUUGCAACGACAUCGUCGAAUGCGAAACAGUGCUCGACUGGACCCCAACCAGCCGUGGCCUUGAGAUCGAACUGCCCGUGUCCGACAACACCUGGCCGUAUGCCAUCAUUCCCUGUCGACUGCGUAACGACCCCUGGAGUCUCCUUGCGCUUCCUCUCGACCCAUGA